GCUAUAAUGGACAAGAAGAUCGGAAGAGGUUCGUCUAACAAUGCUUUUUAUAAUGAUGAUCACAAGUGGGAUUCUCAAGACUCAUCACAUUUUGACAAUAAAUGUUGUAUACACAUUGAAAACAAGAAUGAAUCAAAGAAGUCAAUUAAUAAGGAAAAAAUGGAUUCUGAUAAAAAUAAAAGAGUAAAAAGCGAAAAGAAUAAAGUAGAUGGGCUCAGUUAUUGGUGGGACGUGUUUGUUUGCUUUGUCAUCAACGUUUGUAUUCAAACAAUUGAAUCAUUUGUUGACAUAGGAAUACAUGACCAAAGGUUUUUGAGAACAUUUGAUGUGAAUGAAACGGAGGUGCAACAAGUCAAUAACUAUUUUAAGAGUAUGAUAGAUUUCUUCGCUCCGAUUGGCGUAUUUGUGAUGACAAAGUUUGGACAAAGGACAAAUAUUGUUGCCGGAUCACUAUUGAUCUGCGCUUCAUUUACAGGCAUAUCUUUCCUUGACAGUAGAUCAGUGCCGCAUUCUGUCUGGUACUGGAAAAUUGGUAUUUGUGGACCAGCAGGGUUUGGAAUAAGUCUUCUGAAAAUAGGUGCCUUGGUUCCUGUACUCGAGUAUUUUACUAAAAGGAGGAUGGAAGCACUUUUGUUGACAAAAGUUGGUUUUGUAUUAGGAUAUGUUAUUGACAUGGGUGCUAAGUUUGCAGGAACUCUACACUGGACAACAUUAUACAGAAUAAAUGCUGGUUUAUGUGCAUUUCCUUUAGUGUUUAUUUUUAAGAAGAAGGUUUUUAUGAUUAAGGUAUGUACAAUUUUAGUGCUUGCAAUCGUUCAAGAAUAAUAGUUUAUCUGUAAAAUUUUGUAUGCUAAAUCACGUAAACAACUGCAGACAGAUAUCAUCAUCCAUGCUUCUAUAUAAAUCAAUAUAA